CACUCCAACAAGUACCUCCUAUGUAUCUUUGCCAUCGUCUUGAAAUCAUUUAUCCACAUGCCCUUGACGAAAGAUCGUCCCUUCUACAACCUACCGGAAUCCCAUGAACGUACAAUAACCCGAAAAUGGAAGAAAGUUGCUGUACAUGCGCAAAACUCCUUAAAGACGUGUUGCCUCAAUACGAUUCAGAGAGUGAGAAGCCUAAAGCCCUCGAUCGACGGUUAGAUUGUUGCGGAAGAGUUGUAUGCGGGAACUGUAUAGCAGACAAUUCCCGGUUUGCUACGUACUGUCCAUUUUGUCAAGUUUCUACAACACCUUCUCCUCUGCCACAAGGCCUUCGAGAUCCGCCUUCUUAUACUCCUCCAUCAUCGUCUUCGAAACCCUUCCCUUUAUCCCAAGCUCCACCUGGGUAUUCGGACGAGCUUCCAAGCUAUUCCUCACUCACAAAUCCACAAACGCCACCAGCAGAGAAGUCUUCCGGUUCGCAAGCGGCUGAAGAUGUUCUCCAUUUCCUAGAUCACAAGCAUGACUCUAUGACCUCUCUGUCCUUCCGCUACGGCGUUCCAAUAGCAGCGCUGAGAAGAGCGAACAAUAUCACAUCCGACCAUUUACUGCUGGCCAGACGAACGGUCAUAAUUCCUGGAGAAUAUUAUAAAGGAGGAGUGAGUUUAAGUCCACGGCCAGUGGAAGGCGAGGAAGAGGAGAGGCGAAAAGGAAUCGUGAGAAGGUGGAUGGUUGCUUGUAAAGUAUCCGACCUUGCUCCGAAAUAUAGAUAUGAUGUGGCACUGAUUUAUCUGCAAGAAGUCGAUUAUGACAUUGAUGCUGCUAUAGAAGCAUAUAGAGACGACGAAAGAUGGGAAAAGGAACACCCUAUAGAAGCAACUAAGAAUGGAAAGGGGAGGAUGAGACAUGACGUUGGAAAGAGAAGGUUCACCGGUCAGAGAUCAUGA